AUGAAUCACUUCGCCUUACGUCUCAACAACUUCCUCCAGGGUCGGUACGGCUCGUCCGCCGCCACUCGCGUCAAGUACGAGGAAACAAGCAGCGGCCCACAGAACAAUACUAUGUGGACGGGCACUUAUUUGAUCGACGAUAUGAAAUACGGCGAAGGGUCGGCGACGAGCAAGAAAGUUGCGAAGGAGGCAGCCGCUCAGAAAACCAUUGAAUUAUUAGAGGCCGAGGGGCAUACCGUUCCUAUCGCUGCUUGA